AGUUUUGGUAUCGGCGCGUGCAUGGCACGCGGAAGCCGCGAAAGCCCGCGAGUAUUUCCCGCCACCAGCCUCAUAGACGCACUUUUCGUUUCCUAGUAUUAUACGUUCUUCACUUCACACUUCACACUUGCACACUUCACAGUACAAUCAAACUACGCCUCUUCAGUUUUCGUUUUGAAACCCUAAUUCCCAGCAAGCAAUGGUUGAAGCCUUCGACGACAAUAGUAAUAAUAAGCUCCCUGAGCUCAAAUUGGACACGAAGCAAGCCCAAGGGUUUCUAUCAUUUUUCAAAACCCUACCUAAUGAUUCGAGGGCCAUCCGGUUUUUUGAUCGCAGGGACUACUAUACUGCUCAUGGUGAAAAUGCAACUUUCAUUGCGAAGACCUACUACCACACUACUACUGUCUUGCGGCAACUGGGUAGUGGAUCGGAUCCUCUUUCAAGUGUAAGUGUCAGUAGGACCAUGUUUGAAACAAUUGCUCGUGAUCUACUUUUGGAGAGAACAGACCAUACCCUUGAACUCUAUGAGGGUAGUGGUUCUAACUGGAGAUUGGUCAAAAGUGGAACGCCUGGCAAUAUUGGCAGUUUUGAGGAUGUUUUGUUUGCUAACAGUGAGAUGCAGGAUUCUCCAGUUGUUGUUGCAUUAUCACUUAACUAUCGUGAAAAUGGGUGCACUGUUGGGUUAUCAUUUGUUGAUUUAACUAAGAGAGUACUUGGGAUGGCUGAAUUCCUUGAUGACAGUCACUUCACGAAUGUGGAGUCGGCAUUAGUUGCUCUUGGCUGCAAAGAAUGCCUUCUUCCUAGUGAGAGUGGCAAAUCUACUGAAAAUAGAAUGCUGUGCGAUGCGUUGACUAAAUGUGGUGUGAUGUUAACUGAGAGAAAGAAAUCCGAGUUUAAAACCAGGGAUCUGGUACAGGAUCUUGGCAGACUUGUUAAAGGUUCUAUUGAACCAGUUCGAGACUUAGUGUCUGGAUUUGAGUUUGCACCUGGGGCUUUAGGGGCAUUACUAUCAUAUGCUGAGUUACUUGCAGAUGAGAGCAAUUACGGGAAUUUUACUCUUCGUAGGUACAGUCUUGACAGUUAUAUGAGAUUAGAUUCUGCAGCCAUGAGGGCACUCAAUGUUCUUGAAAGCAAAACCGAUGCAAACAAAAAUUUUAGUUUGUUCGGUCUAAUGAAUAGGACCUGUACAGCCGGAAUGGGGAAACGGUUAUUGCACAUGUGGCUAAAACAGCCCUUGUUGAAUGUUAAUGAAAUUAACUUGAGACUUGAUGUUGUACAAGCAUUUGUAGAGGAUACUGUACUUCGGCAAGAUCUGAGGCAGCAUUUAAGAAGAAUAUCAGACAUUGAGCGGUUGGUACACAAUCUUCAGAAGCGGAGAGCUGGUCUUGCACAUAUUGUUAAACUUUAUCAGUCAAGUAUAAGACUACCUUAUAUCAAAAGCGCCCUAGAAAGAUAUGAUGGACCAUUUUCCUCAAUGAUGAAGAGCAGGUACUUGGAACCUCUUGAGUUGUGGACAGAUGAUGAUCACCUAAAUAAAUUCAUUGGCCUUGUAGAAGCUUCUGUUGACCUUGAUCAACUGGAGAACAGAGAAUACAUGAUUUCCUCAAGUUAUGACCCUACACUAACUAAAUUGAAGGAGCAGCAGGAGUCAUUAGAGAAUCAAAUACAUAAAUUGCAUAGACAAACUGCUGAUGAUCUUGAUCUUCCUGUAGACAAGGCAUUAAAGUUAGACAAGGGGACACAAUUUGGACAUGUUUUCAGAAUCACAAAGAAGGAAGAGCCCAAAAUAAGGAAGAAGCUUAACUCCCAGUUCGUUGUACUGGAAACACGUAAAGAUGGAGUGAAAUUUACCAACACAAAGCUAAGGAAACUUGGGGACCAGUAUCAACAGGUACUUGAGGAGUACAAGAGCUGUCAGAAAGAGUUGGUUAAUAGAGUAGUUCAAACUGCUGCAACAUUCUCAGAGGUGUUUGAAUCUUUAGCCGAAUUGAUUUCUGAACUGGAUGUGUUAUUAAGCUUUGCUGAUUUGGCUUCCAGCUGCCCGACACCUUAUACAAGGCCUGAAAUCACUUCAUCGGAUGAAGGAGAUAUUAUUUUAGAAGGCAGCAGACACCCUUGUGUAGAGGCACAAGACUGGGUGAAUUUUAUACCAAAUGAUUGUAAGCUUAUCAGAGAAAAAAGUUGGUUUCAAAUAAUAACAGGGCCUAACAUGGGUGGGAAAUCAACAUUCAUCCGCCAGGUGGGAGUGAACAUUUUGAUGGCCCAAGUUGGCUGCUUUGUUCCUUGUGAUAAUGCCAGCAUAUCUGUUCGUGAUUGCAUUUUUGCCCGUGUUGGUGCUGGUGACUGUCAACUUCGAGGAGUUUCUACCUUCAUGCAAGAAAUGCUUGAGACUGCAUCAAUAUUAAAAGGAGCUACAGUCAAGUCCUUGAUAAUCAUUGAUGAAUUGGGACGUGGGACAUCAACUUAUGAUGGAUUUGGUCUUGCUUGGGCCAUUUGUGAGCACAUUGUUGAAGUAAUCAAAGCACCUACUUUGUUUGCAACCCACUUUCAUGAACUGACUGCAUUAUCCCUUGAAAAUGCAAGUGAUGAUCAGCAGAAGCGAAUUGUUGGUGUUGCAAACUAUCAUGUUAGCGCGCAUAUUGAUGCUUCAACUCGCAAGCUAACUAUGCUAUACAAGGUUGAACCAGGAGCUUGUGACCAAAGUUUUGGUAUUCAUGUUGCCGAGUUUGCAAAUUUUCCAGAAAGUGUUGUAGCCCUAGCCAGAGAAAAGGCAGCAGAGUUGGAAGAUUUUUCUCCCUCUGCACUAUCCUUAACUGACACCACAAAUGAGUUUGGUUCUAAGCGCAAGAGAGUAUAUGAACCCGAUGAAAUGUCGCAAGGCGUUACAAAGGCUCGCCAAAUCCUUGAAGCGUUUGUUGAUUUGCCUUUAGAAACCAUGGAUAAAAUGCAAGCUUUGCAGGAACUAAGGAAGUUAAAAGAUAAUUUAGAGAAGGAUGCUGAAAACUGUCGAUGGCUGCAACAAUUCUUGUAGCUGUUCGGAAAAGGGAGUUGCAUGUUCUGAAUUUUGAAGUGCUUUUUUGAUGUCUUGGUGUGUCCAUGGGUUGCGUUAAAUAUAGAACUUGGGAUGGCACUUGUAUGCAGGUUUUUUGGGGAGGUUACGUUUCUGAAGUUGGCCUGUAUUUUUUUUUUGGUGACUUGAAGUUGGCCUGUAUGAAAAUAGAUAUGUAUAUUCUAAUCUAUGUUUUUAUUUUAA